UUUUUAUUCUGAUUCUGCUUCUACAGGUACAAACCCUAAACUUUGUGGUACUGCUUAUUCUUCUUCAGUUACGACCAACAAAUCAAAUCAUUUCCUUUUGCAAGCAAAUUCUAUCGUAUUCAUGGAGGUGUCAAAUCGGAUUAUUCGACCAAUCUCCAUCAACAAUGGGAGCUGGUUCAAUAACAAAGAUUUUAGUAGCAUGCCAUGUUCUUGUGUAAGUGGUUUUCGAGAAAAGAAUAUAUUUUCCUUGCAGUCUUGGAAACAAUACAAGACGGUUGCGAUCUGCAAACCCACAAGAGAAAUGAAUUUUGAACUGUUUUCUGGUUGUCAUGUCAGCAAGCAAAAUGGAAUCCCUAUACCUUUGAGAAAUGCAUCUUCAUGUUUUCAAAAACCAUGUCAAGUAAAACGAGAAGAUUCCGAAGGAACCUUGAGCAGCGAAAGCAUAAUCUUAGACGAACAAACCCUCGAGCAAGAACUACAAGCCGCCAUCCAAGAAGAAAACUACAGUCAAGCAGCCAAAAUCCGAGACAACCUUAAACUCCUUCACGAGGACAGCAAAGCCGCAGUUCUAGCAGCAAAUACACGCUUUUACAACUCAUUUAGAAACGGCGAUCUAGCUGCGAUGCAAGCAUUAUGGUCAAAAAGCGAAAACACGUGUGUUGUGCACCCCGGUGUUAGUGGCAUAUCGGGAUAUGAACUUGUAAUGGGGAGCUGGGAAUACGUGUGGGCGGAUUAUGAAUUUCCGUUGUCGAUUCAAGUGAAAGAUGUUCAGGUUUACGUUAGAGGCGAUAUGGGAUAUGUUCGGUGUGUUGAAAUGGUGAGAACGGGUGGUAAAAGUUGGGGGAAACAGUUUGCGACUAAUGUUUUUGAGAAGAUUGACGGUCGAUGGUUUAUAUGUGUUCAUCAUGCUUCUCAUGUUGAUUGUGAAGUUUAGACGACACUUUUUUAAUUCAGAUUCGGACAGCAGAUGCACUUAGGACUAAGUGGUUGUUUUUAUAUAGUCUCUGUUUGGUUGCAUGUUUUGAAACUAAUGUUUUCGGCUAUAAUAGAACUUGUAUGAGAUUGUGUUUAUAUGUGUUAUG